AUGGCGCGUCAAUUCUUUGUUGGUGGCAACUUCAAGAUGAAUGGCUCUGUUGAGACCAUCAAGAAGAUCAUUUCCUACCUCAAUGAGGCAAAGUUGGACCCAAAGACUGAGGUCGUUAUUGCACCACCAUCCCUCUACCUCCUCCUCACCCGCGAGCACCUCAAUUCCGGCAUCGAAGUCGCAGCCCAGAACGUCUUCGACAAGCCCAAUGGUGCCUUCACCGGCGAGAUCUCCGUUGACCAACUCCGAGACAGCAACAUCACCUGGACUCUCCUCGGGCACUCCGAGCGUCGCGUGAUCCUCCAGGAAGAUAACACGUUCGUUGCGUCCAAGACUAAGGCUGCCAUCGAUGGCGGUAUUAACGUCAUAUUCUGCUGCGGCGAGAGCUUGGAGCAGAGGGAGAGCAACCAGACCAUCGAAGUUGUUACGGCGCAGUUGCAGGCUGUCAAGGAGAAGAUUUCAGAUUGGUCCAAGAUCGUUGUUGCCUAUGAGCCUAUCUGGGCUAUCGGAACUGGAAAGGUAGCUAGCACUGAGCAGGCACAGGAGGUUCAUGCAGCUCUCAGAGCAUGGUUGAAGAAGGAGGUUAGUGACAAGGCUGCGGAAGAGACAAGAAUCAUCUACGGUGGCAGUGUCAGCGAGAAGAACUGCAAGGAGUUGAGCAAACAGCCUGAUAUUGAUGGCUUCUUGGUCGGUGGAGCUUCCUUGAAGCCUGCAUUCGUCGAUAUCAUCAACAGCCACCUUUGA